UACAGAGCAAAUGCAGAGCUUCUUCACCUAUGCCCUUCCUUCACGUGUAUCUCCGGCGCUCUCUCGAGAAACCCUAAGACGGCGGCGCCACCGCGUAAACAGAGAAUCGGAAGAAAUGGCGUUGGAGGCUGUGGUUAAUUGCCAUCAGGAUCCUUUCACCUACGCUUUGAAGGAUUUCAACUACGCGUUCUCUGAUUUCCCGGCGGAGGACAAGCCGAGCGCCGAAAUUCUCGAUGCAAUUGGGGAAACCGGUUCGAGCAUCGGCGCUUGGGAUUCGCCGCCGUCUUCAGCAGUUCAAAACGCCAAUUCGUCGCCGGAGGACGGAUUCUUCGCUGGAGGCGUGUAUUCUCAGACGGCGACGGUGGCGAGUCGGAGGAAGCGGCGGCGCACGAAGAGCUUGAAGAACAAGGAGGAAAUGGAGAACCAGAGGAUGACUCAUAUUGCUGUGGAGAGGAAUCGCCGCCGGCAGAUGAACGACUACCUCGCCGUCCUCCGGUCACUGAUGCCUCCUUCCUAUGCGCAAAGGGGAGAUCAAGCAUCCAUCGUUGGUGGCGCGAUCAAUUUCGUGAAGGAACUGGAGCAGCAUCUGCAAUUUCUGGAAUCGAAAAGAUUAGGCAAUGAACAUAAUGCGGAUAAUAGCGACGCAUUUUCUAAUUUUUUCACCUUUCCGCAAUACUCGAGGCGUCGGAGCAUCAACUCUCCGGUCGCCGGAGAUGCGACGGUGGAGCGGCUGUCGAGCGUGGCGGAAAUCGAGGUGACGAUGGUAGAGAGUCAUGCGAACAUCAAAAUAUUGUCAAAAAGGCGCCCCAAACAGGUCCUUAAAAUGGUGGCCGGAUUGCAGUCUGUAGGCCUCACGAUUCUCCACCUUAACAUCACCACCGUUGAUCAGUCACUUCUCUGCACUUUCAGCGUUAAGGUUGAAGAUGAAUGCCAGUUGAGUACAGUGAAUGAAAUUGCUACAGCAGUCCAUGAUAUGGUUGGAGUGAUCCAACAAGACUCCUGACUCCAAGUAAGGGCCUUUUUAAUUUAAUUUAGUUUUUUAAAUAAAUCUUAUUUUUAUUUUUUAUUUUCCCUGUGUACAUCUAUCUAUCUCUAUAUGUUGAAGAAAUUCUAUGUAGAAUUAAUCUACUUUACUGGGGUCUUUAUUUUUUAAUUUU